CCCACACUGACAGACAUGACCAGCGGACACAGUGUGCUAGCCUUCUGCCUGCUCCUGGCUGCUCGCAGUUCUGCACAGCAGCCCAAUGAAAGGCACCAUUUUAACUGUGGUGGAAAUCUAACUGGAGAAAGUGGGCUACUGGGAAGUGAAGGAUUUCCUGGAGUUUACCCACCUAAUAGCAAAUGUACAUGGAAGAUUACGGUGCCAGAGGGUAAGGUGGUCGUCCUUAAUUUCCGUUUGAUUGAUUUGGAGAGUGACAAUCUCUGCCGAUACGACUUUGUGGAUGUUUACAGUGGCCAUUCUAAUGGACAGCGCAUCGGACGAUUCUGUGGUACUUUUAGACCUGGUGCUCUUGUAUCCAGCAGCAAUAAGAUGUUGGUCCAAAUGGUGUCAGAUGCCAACACGGCGGGCAAUGGUUUCAUAGCAAUGUUCUCUGCAGCGGAACCCAAUGAAAGAGGGGAUCAGUACUGUGGGGGAAGGCUGGACAAACCUAAUGGAACAUUUAAAACCCCAAACUGGCCUGACCGAGACUACCCAGCUGGCGUCACAUGUGCCUGGAACAUUGUUGCUCCAAAACAUCAGGUUAUAGAAUUAAAAUUUGAGAAGUUUGAUGUGGAAAGGGAUAAUUACUGCCGAUACGAUUAUGUUGCAAUAUUCAAUGGAGGAGAAAUAAAUGAUGCUAAAAGGAUUGGGAAGUUCUGUGGGGACAGUCCACCUGCGCCUAUUGUGUCUGAGAAAAAUGAACUCCUAAUUCAAUUUUUAUCUGACUUAAGUUUGACUGCCGAUGGGUUUAUUGGUCAUUACAAAUUCAGGCCUAAAAAGUUACCCUCAACUACAUCUGCUCCAGUUACAACACCUGUUCCUACCACUACAGGUCUAAAACCAACAGUUGCACUCUGCCAACAAAAAUGCAAAAGGACUGGAUCCCUGGAGAGCAAUUACUGUUCAAGUAAUUUUGUGAUCACUGGCACGGUUAUAACAACAGUAAGCAAAGGAGGAAGUGUACACGCAACAGUGUCCAUUAUCAAUGUUUACAAAGAGGGGACACUGGCCAUCCAGCAGGCUGGCAAAUCAAUGAGUGUCAAGAUCAUUGUGGUGUGCAAACAUUGUCCACUCAUCAGAAGAGGCUUGAAUUAUAUUAUCAUGGGCCAAGUAGAUGAAGAAGGCAGAGCAAAGAUCUUUCCCAACAGCUUUAUCAUGAGCUUCAAGACAAAGAACCAAAAAUUGCUGAACACACUGAAAAAUAAGAGAUGUUAGACGUCAGUUCUGUUUUUUGAAAAUUGACUGUUCUGUUUCCCCUGUUUCAAGGGGGAGAUUUUAUGUACCCACAGUUCAAUCCAUCAAGAAAGCUGACUUGUGCUGAGCCUGAGGCACAGUGACAGAUGCACUGGACAGCCAUCGCCUACAAUUGUACCUAUUAGCACCUCCACUAGGGGGUGCUGUCAUAUAAGCUUCUCCCAUAGAGAUUCCAGUGAUAUAAACUGAACUGUUCUAGGUUCUGACUACUUUUAAAAUUGUUUUAUUUAUACAUUUCUGAAAACUUUGAGAAAUAUAUUUUUAGUAAUUAAUAAUAUGGUCUUGUAACAUAUGAACAUUUUUAAGUGCAAUAUUUAUACUUAUUUCUUCUUUUGACUGAGAUUUUUUUUCCAGUGAAAUAUGUCUUUUUAAAUGCCGUUUUGUGUGCAACCUAUGCUUAA